UGCGUUUAUAAUAUUCGUAUUCAUUUUUUACAAAUUCUGAUGGCAGUCGCUUUUGCCGUUUUACACUGUUUCAAGCAAAAGCGGCUAUUGCAAAAAAGGUUGUAAUUGUGAAAGAUUCAUUACUACGAAUGACGGUUUUAUAAUUAUGUCCGCUAAUAAAAGAGGUUUGAAUGCGGGUUCGGGUUUUGAAGGUUGACAUUUGCAUAUUGUUUACUGGUAGCUACAUUGCUAGCUUAAGAAUGACAAUUUCGUCCGCUCGAAAAUGAGGUCAGCCGGUUACCAUUGAUGAUUACCACGUCAUCAUAGCUAUGAACUUCACACCGACAUUCAAAUCCAGCCAUUGUGUGGAAUGUUCAUCAUAUGAACCUUUUUCAAAAGCCUGGCUAACACGUCCCUCUCUGAGUAUUUAUGCUUCAGUGAGUUAGCACCCGCGCUCCUGAGAAAUCUUUAGGUGAUAGGCUAAACUCCGUUUGGAUCUAAGCACUCCUAAUAAGAGUAUGUGUCACUGAUGAAAAAUUCUCCAUCACAGAGGGAAAACUGUUCAAAGUUAAAUAAUCCUGACUUUAAAGUUGAUAUGUGGUAAUCAAUGUCUAGUCUUUCUUGUCUCAGGCGCAGUGAGUUCAGAGGUGUAGCGUAAAGCAGGUGUGGCGUCAGCAAUAUUUUAACCAGCCUCUCUCUGCCGUUUUCAAUCAUUGAUUAUUGGAAAUCUGUGAGAUGUUCUUCUUCUGACUACUAAAAACGGCGUUUUCAAACGUGAAAAGCCAUGUAUUUUUAUUUAUCUUCCAUGAUCAAUCAAUUUUUUCAGGUUACCAAUAUCAACUUAUGAGAUUCCUAUAAUAAAUUAAACAUGACUACGAUAAAUCUUUACCUUGUUCGCUCUUUUUCACAGACCUAUCGACAUAUCAGUGCUCACCACAGGGGUACUACUUUUUUAAUUAGCCACAACUUAACAAAAGAGACAAAUAAAUCUUUCAAUCAUCACAGUCAGCUUUCUUGAUAGAUAUUAGACUACUAACUUGAUGUUGUUUUUCUGAAAUUAUCACUUGCUAUAAUCUUUCGCGAUUAAAAUCAUCUCUUGUUGUUUGUCUUUCGAAACACCUGACCACUCCAAAACUCUGGAACUUUCUAGGAUGAUCUUUACGUGAUAUCCGUAUUCACUUGCCUCCAGAUUUCACCAGGAAAAAAAUCGAGAAUUUUCCCUAAGUCAUGACUACCGCUCGCCCAAAUAUAACAGCACGUCCAACUGAGCUUCAUUUCAUUCUUGUAAAACUGUCCCUCAACCAAAACGGAUUGAAAUCUUUAAAGUGGCCGGGUGUAAAAGUGACUAAAAAACGGCCUACAUUGUCAAUUCAGAUGUGAAACCUUUUCAAAAGGGAGAGGAAAAGCUUGAUGUAAGAAACCUCUGUUCAGCCAUUCCCAAUUUUGAGGUCAGUUGCUCUAUUAAAUGAACCACAAAGUACGUGCUCUUGGCCAAAUACUAAGCUCAUAUGUAUGUAUCUUAAUUUAAACUGUGGAGCGAUUUAUUAUUAGAAUCGGUUAAUGUUGAUCUACUUCCGAUAAGUUUGCAGGCUUACACUUUACGCACUUAGACACUUUAGCUUGAAAUAUAUAAAAAAUGAAGUAUUUAGGCAUCAAACAAAUUCCCAACAAUAUAAUUUUUAAAAAAAUGACUAAAGGGGCCAAGGAGCAGCGUCAGUGUUAUAAUUUGGUUUUAUCAACUGAGUUGAUAAUGUAAAAUUGGCCUCCGUGAAGAAUUUCUCACGCUGACUUUUUGAGCUUCAGCCCUCUUCAGAGCAAAUUCACAUUAUCAAAAUCAUUUUAUAAAACAAGAUUAUCUCGGAAAACAAUAUCAUCUUCGAUCUUUAUGAUACUUGUAAAAGUGUCCAUUUAAAGUACUAGAAAUAUAUGUUACAGUGUACUACUAAUUAUGACCCUGGCUAGCUACUGGCCAGACAAUCACUACAAGAGUGUGCGGGCUUUUUAAAGUUAACAUAACAAAAGGUAAGUUUUGAUUGCAUAAUGAUAACAUAUUCUCUUCUAUCAACAGUCGCCUCUCCGAGCUAAAGUAAAAACAUCAACAAUGGGUUUGGGAUUAUUUUAGGCCACACCCUUCCGCAUAAAAUUAUUGUAAUCUGCAUAUCGUUCGUACACCAACAGUUUCGUGCAGAUUAUCACAUGCUGAUUCGCUAUUCAUCUCCAGCAGUUUGAAGCUAAUUUGUGUAAAGGCAUAUACAUUACAAACCACAACUUUUGUCAAAGAGACAAACGAGAUAUUGUUGAGCCUUGAGCAGCGGAAAAAGCCUCUCAGGAGAGCGCAUUAGAAGACGCCCUAACCGGAAAACAGUUCCAAAAGAUUUAGCUCUGGCAAAUCUGUUUGCUCUUGUCGAAGCGUAGCGAAAGGAAGUCGUUCCUUGACUUCGUAGGUUCCUUAGAUAGAAAUAUACAAUUGGUUAAUUAAAAAUUUCUAAGCGGUGUAAUGAUUUUAAAUGGCUAAUAGUUUGGUACUAAAUGAGACUAUUGUUCUCGCUCUCUAGGUGUCAAAAAGCCUUCGUUUUUGAAGUAAAAUCACGCACAGUUUUCAUCUUUCGUUAGUAAGAGCUGCACAUUGAACAAGCCGAGAAAAGACAUUUUCACGAAGGAGUACAACUAGAGAUUUUUCUCGAAAUUCUGUUUUAUUUCAAGCGCUUUAAGCUCUGUUUACGACCAUGUGGCUCUAAUACAGUGAGAUUCAAUAUCUAGAAAUAUCUCCGGAUCCCAUCACAAAGAUAGCGCACUGCGCAAUAUCACCAAUAUCCGGAUACAAAAGUUUUCAUACGUAAAAGAGUUGUCAAUGGUAUGAGAGCUGGCGUUAAUUAUAACUAAACGUAUCUCAAGAGCGCUGUUAGUUUGAUUUCAACCGAGGAGAGAUAAACACUCAAACUGAAAGCUCUCCGCGACUGGCGAUCAUACAUCCUGAACAUCUCUUAGAACUGUGUUGAAGACGACCGACUCGGCGGAACACGAGGACGCUAGCCAUGAAAAUCGCCAUCAUUGGAGCAGGAGUGAGCGGUUUGACCUCCAUAAAAUGCUGUUUGGACGAAGGGCUCGAGCCAGUUUGCUUUGAGAAAUGCUCCGACAUCGGGGGACUCUGGAAAUUUUCCCAACAUGUGGACGGUUCGAGCGGUUCGGUUUAUGAAUCUACAGUCAUCAACACUAGCAAAGAAAUGACCUGCUUUUCAGAUUUUCCAGCACCAAAGCAUUUUCCGCCAUUUAUGCCUCAUGGUCAUGUGAUAGAGUACCUGCAUAUGUAUGCAAAGUAUUUUGACCUCCUCAAACACAUUCACUUCAAUGCUACAGUGCUGGACAUCAGCCGAACCUCAGACCACCGGAAAACAGGACACUGGAAAGUGACUUUCGCGAAUGGCGAGGGAACUGUUUACGAAACUAUUUUCGGCGGCGUAAUGAUCUGCAAUGGUCACCUCUCAAAGCCAUUUACCCCAAACUUCAACGGAAUUGACAGAUUUCAGGGACGCAAACUCCACAGCCACGAGUAUAAAAGUUAUCGAGGAUUUGAAGGCAAAGCGGUCCUUGUCAUAGGUCUUGGAAACUCUGCCGCUGACAUUGCAGUUGAACUGAGCCGCCACGCCUCUCAAGUUUAUCUGAGUACUCACAGAGGAGCCUGGGUAAUUUCACGCUUGGAGAGGCAUGGACUGCCCUGGGACCAGCACGUGGAAACGAGGUUCUUUCAAAGCUUUCCGACAAAGAUCAAGGAAUGGUUGGCUAUUCGUACCGCUCAAAAAAGGUUUGACCACGAGACGUACGGGCUCCGUCCCCAACACGGCAUUUUAAAUGCCCCCACGGUGAUUAGUGAUGACCUCCCUCUCCGUAUUGCCACCGGAACUAUCCAAUUGCAGCCUAAAGUAUCUCAUUUUACGCAGAAUGGCGUCGUUUUCUCCGACGGUACUAGAGUCGAUAACCUGGAAGUUGUGAUAAUGUGCACUGGUUAUGACAUCGGGUUUGAGUUUCUAAAGGACAAGUAUAUCCUCCCAGUCGACGACAACCAGGUAUCCCUGUACAAACAAGUGUUCCCACCCCACCACCCAAAGUCAACCAUGGCUUUCAUGGGUCUGAUCCAGUCCUCUGGUGCGUUCUUUCCCGCGGCUGAGUUGCAAGCACGCUGGGUGACCCGCGUGUUUAAUGGGAAGGCUAGGCUACCUAGCAGAGAGCUCAUGUUGUACAACAUAGGACUUGAGAAAAGGAUGAUCAGGAAAACCUUCUAUGCCUCAAGGAGGCUCACAAUCCAGGUAUCCAGUAUUCCGUACAAGGACCAACUAGCGAAAAUGAUUGGCUGUAAACCAGACUUCAGACGACUCUUUUUCAGAGACCCUCUCCUGGCCUUCAAGUGCUAUUUUGGGCCUUGCUGUGCGGCUCAAUACCGCCUUAUGGGGCCUGGUGCCUGGUCUGGAGCCAAAAAGACCAUCGAAGACACGUACAGCAACGAGAUGUUCCCACACGUGGGAAGAAGAAAUAAAACACCCACCAGUAUAUCACAAAGCGUGGUCAAAUUCCUCAAGUUGGUCUUCAUGUUUGUAACCGUUGCAACAAUUAAUGAAUUGUCCCAAGAUCUAAGAGGGGAAUGGGACGCAGUGGUUGGCUGGCUGAGGGCUGCACGAUAAGCUGUGGUACCCGGAUGUGACUACUCCUGCAUAAAGCC